AUCACUUCACUUCACGUUUCCUCCCUUGCAGAGGACGUUUGGGGUCAACUUUUUCCGAGAUUUUGUGCCCGUAGUUGACCUCAGAAGACCAAGUAAAAUGCAGCUUGCCGCGCUUAGGCACCUACCUCGACUUUCUGCGACUACCGUUCUAAAGGUAUCGCUGCCGACAGCGUCAACACGCACGACGAGUACCCAACCUGCCUUCACUAAAGAUGGCCGUGAAAUCCUUCACGUCCCCAACGAGCCUCCCGAAAGGGACCUGGUGAACUUUCCUCGACUCAAGAGACCGCUGUACCCAGGCAAAGUUCGAAUGGGCUUCAUUCCGGACGAAUGGUUUCAAGUGUUCUACAACAAGACAGGCGUCACCGGCCCCUACCUGUUCGGCACCGGCUUGGUCGUCUACCUGUACUCCAAGGAAAUCCUCAUCAUGGAGCACGAGUUCGCCUCUGGUCUUACUUUGGCAAUCAUGGCGUGGAUGGCCAUCAAGAAGUUCGGGCCCGGGGUGAGGGCCUACCUGGAGAAAGAAGUCGAUAAGGAGGAGCAGGAGAUCGACAAUUAUCGGCUGACCGGCAUCGAAACAUACAAGGAGUCCAUCAAGGACGAAGAACUUGCCCAGUGGCAGGCGCAAGGACAUCACUACCUGUUCGAGGCCAAGCGCGAGAACGUGGCACUGCAGCUCGAGGCGGAGUUCCGUAAGCGCCAGAUGGCCGUGUACACCGAAGUGAAGAAGAGGCUCGACUACCACCUCGAGGUACAGAAUUUGACACGAAGGCUUCAGCAAAAGCACAUGGUCGACUGGAUCGUCAACAACGUGCUCAAGAGCAUCACUCCACAGCAGGAGAAGGAUUCGUUGCAAAAGUGCAUCGUUGACCUCAAAUCCCUGGCGGCCAAGGCCUGAGCAGGUGGCGACGUCUUAUUGGCUGGUGUAAGGAAGCACUAAUAAAGGAUUCGUGGUUAGUCA